GUAUAAGAGAGGACUGGGGUCCCAUCUCUGAGCACCCUGUCCGGGGCUGAGCUGCUGCUGUUGCAGUCUCUGGUCCCGGUCUGCGCCCGUCGGCGACCUGCCAUGGGGCCCCCUUCCAGCUCUGGCUUCUAUGUGAGCCGUACAGUGGCCCUGGUGGUGGCCGCGCUGGCUGCCGCUCUCCUGCUGGCGCUGACCGUGCUCGCCAGCCUGUACGGCCACUGCGAGCGUGUCUCGCCAUCAGAGCAGCGUGGCCGGAAGGUCCAGGACGCCGCGUCACCCCCUCCCCACUCACAGGAGGCAACCCCGGACCCCAGAAAUGCACAGGAGCCGGCCGUGACCACCACCUGGAAAGACUGGCGACCACCAGGGCCCUGGGACCAGCAGCGCCUGCCGUCAUGGCUCGUGCCACUUCACUACGACCUGGAGCUAUGGCCCCGGUUGCGACCCGGCCAGCUGUUGGCGCGGUGCUUGAACUUCACCGGCCGGGUGAACAUCACCGUGCGCUGCGCGGUGGCCACGGCGCGGGUGCUACUGCACAGCCUCUUCCUGGACCUCGAUGCCGCCGAGGUGCACGGUCCCCUGAACUUCGCCACCGCCAACGCCACCGUGGGCCGCGUGCCGGUAGAUUCCGUGUGGUUCGUGCUAGACACCGAAUACGCGGUGCUGGAGCUCGGCGAGGCCCUGCAGCCCGGGGGCCUCUACGAGCUGCAGCUCCGCUUCUCAGGCCCGGUGCUCCCGGACACCAGGGAGGGGCUCUUCCUCAACGUCUAUACAGACCAGGGCGAGCGCAGGGCCUUGAUAGCAUCUCACAUGGAACCGACAUUUGCCAGGAAUGUUUUCCCCUGUUUUGACGAGCCUGCUCUGAAGGCAACAUUUAAUAUUACCAUUAUUCACCAUCCUCUUUACGUGGCCCUUUCCAACACGCCCCAGCUAGGUCAGUCUGAAAAAGUAGACACGGAUGGAAACCAGUGGACUGUUACAACCUUUCACACCACGCCUCCCAUGCCAACUUACUUAGUGGCACUUGCCAUAUGUGACUUUGACUAUGUCAACAGGACAGAGAGGGGCAAGGAGAUACGCAUCUGGGCCCGAAAAGAUGCGAUAGCAAAUGGCAACGCAGACUUCGCUUUGAACAUCACAGGUCCCAUUUUCUCAUUUCUGGAGGAUUUAUUUAACAUCAGUUAUCCUCUUCCAAAAACAGAUAUAAUUGCCUUGCCUGUUUUUGAUGAACGUGCCAUGGAAAAUUGGGGACUAUUGGUGUUUGAUGAAUCACUAUUGUUGCUGCAACCAAGUGAUGAACUAACAGAGAAAAAGACUGUGAUCUCCUACACUGUGUCUCAUGAGAUUGGACACCAGUGGUUUGGAAACUUGGUUACCAUGAACUGGUGGAACAACAUCUGGCUCAACGAGGGCUUUGCAUCCUAUUUUGAGUUUGGAGUCACUAACUAUUUCAAUCCCAAACUCCCAGGAAAUGAGAUCUUUUAUUCUAACUUUUUAUAUGGUGUCUUCAGAGAAGAUCAUGCCCUGGUGUCUAGAGCUGUGUCCCUGAAAGUGGAAAAUUUCACAGAAACAAGUGAAAUAAUGAACCUUUUUGAUUUAUUUACAUAUCACAAGGGAGCCUCUAUGGCCCGGAUGCUGUCUAGUUUCCUGAAUGAGCGUUUGUUUAUCAGUGCACUUAAGUCGUAUUUGGAAGCAUUUUCAUACUCAAAUGCUGAGCAAGAUGACCUGUGGAGGCAUUUUCAAAUGGCCAUAGAUGACCAGAGUGAAAUUCUCUUGCCAGCAUCAGUAAAAAGCAUAAUGGACAGUUGGACAUACCAGAGUGGCUUUCCAGUCAUCACUUUAAACGUGUCCACUGGCAUCAUGAAACAGGAGCCAUUUUAUCUGGAAAAGAAUGAAAAUCAGACUCUUCUAACCCACAAUAGCACAUGGAUUGUCCCUAUCCUUUGGAUGAAAAAUGGAAUUACACAAUCUUUAGUAUGGCUAGAUAAAAGUAAGAAAGUGUUCCCUGAAAUGCAGCUUUCAGAUUCUGACAACGACUGGGUGAUUUUAAAUUUGAAUAUGAGUGGAUAUUAUAGAGUUAAUUAUGAUAAAUUAGGCUGGAUGAAAUUAAGUCAACAACUUCAGAGGGACCCAAAGGCUAUUCCUGUCAUGCACAGGCUGCAGUUGCUGGAUGAUGCCUUUUCCUUGUCUAAAAACAAUUAUAUUGAGAUUGAAACAGCACUUGAUUUAACCAAGUACCUUGCUGAAGAAGAUGAAAUCAUAGUAUGGCAUGAAGUUUUGGUAAACUUGGUAACCAGGGAUCAUGUUUCUGAUGUGAACAACUAUGAUUUAUACCCAUUAUUAAAGAAAUAUCUACUAAAGAGACUGAGCUCAGUUUGGAAUAUUUAUUCAACUAUAAUUCGUGAAAAUAUGGCCGCAUUGAGAGAGAAUUAUUUAGCUCUAAUAUCACUGGAAAAACUUUUUGGAGCUGCAUGUUGGUUAGGUCUUGAAGACUGUCUUCAGCUGUCAAGACAGCUCUUCAGAGAAUGGAUGAGCCAUCCUGAGAAUGAAAUACCUUAUCUGAUUAAAAAUGUGAUUCAGUGUUAUGGCAUUGCCUUGGGAAGUGAUGAAGAGUGGGACUUUUUGUUAAAUUUCUAUAUGAAUACAACAAAUGAAGAUGAAAGGAUUCAUCUUACUUAUGCUCUUAGCUGCAGUAAAGACCCAUGGAUACUUAACAGGUUUCUGGAGUAUGCCAUCACUACAGCUCCAUCUACUUUUAAUGAAACAAAUGUCAUAGAAACAGUGGCAGCAUCAGAAGUUGGCCGUUAUAUCGCAAAGGACUUUUUAGUCAAUAAUUGGCAGGCUGUGAGUACAAGGUAUGGGGCACAUUCAUUGGUGACACUCGUGUACAUCAUCGGCAGAAGCAUCAGUACAGAUGAGCAGAUGACGGAGCUGCAACAGUUUUUCAAUAACAUGUUGGAGGAGCAACAGAGGAUCACAGUUCAUGCCAAACUGCAGACAAUAAAGAAUGAAAAUCUGAAAAACAAAAAGAAAAGUGCUAGAAUAGCUGAGUGGCUCCAGAAAAACACAUAGUGCAUAGCUCCUUCCAGCAGGCCUCCUGUACAUUAUAAUCUUGAUUGCUAACAGUUUUGACUUCCAAAACUCUGCAAAAACCACAUGUUUUGUUUGUACUUCAGUCCUGUUCUUCCUAUACUGUCACAUUUGGCCCCGAAGAUCAGUGAUUGCUGAGGAUUUUGUCAACACUGCUGUAUUUCUGAGGAACAUUUUACUUCAUGGUGGGUAAUAAACCCACAGGAUUUUCUUUAAAUGCCUUACAAAAACAAAUUUAUCCAAGAAAGUCUUGCUUCUUCUGUUAUGAAGGCCAAUGGAAUACUCAGUCAUUGGCAUGAAUGAGGGAACACAUUCUUUUCUGAUGGAAAUAAGGAUUUGGCAAUACUCUAGGGUUUAUUUAGUUCAAAACUGAAAGAAUAAUGAGACCAUAACAUGACAGUGUAAAGAAACAGAUACCAGAAAAGUAAUAUUCACUAGAAGACAAAGGAGUCAAAGAAAAACAAGUUUGAAAGAGGAAUAGCAAUUUUAUGAGCCAAACGAAGUGCCUUAAUGGUAAGAAAUGUGCCUUCUCCCACCCACUGCUUUCACUCCCACCUCCCACAUCCCACCUCCCACAGCACUGACUGCAUCAAAGCCAACUUUGCUGUUAUUCUACUUCGUGGAGUCAUAAAAAGACAAAUGAUUAUAGGAUCUGCACAGUGCCCUCAGGAUCGCUGCCCUAAUGGCCACCAUGGAGAUGAAGGGUCUGCCCUGAAGCUCUUGUCUGUUCACCUAUGGGAUGACACUUUCAGCCUGCACUUUUGAGUGAAAAAAAUGGUGUCAAAAGACAGUAGCAAUUGUGUUGUAAUCUGCAGGGCAAAGGAAAAAAUCUUCAAAUGAAGGCUGACCCGAGCAUAAUCCUUAUAGUUAUGCACUCAGGAGAUUAAGUUUGAAAUGUGGUUUCAUUUGGCCAAAUUGAACCUGUUUAUGAUGUGGACCAAUUUUACUUUACUAUUUCUAUCAAUGUCAAUGUAUGCAAUUAGCUUAGUUUUGUCACACCUGAUUAAAAACAGGAAAAGAAAGGUAAAUUAUUUUUACACUAAACUUUCUAUAUAUAUAAUUUAACCCCUUUUUUCUUUACACUUGUUUCUGUAGAAUAGGGGGAUUUGAGAGGGGGGUAGAAGCUACAUGUCUCCAAACUAUCUCAGAGUGGUAUUGUAAACAUUAAUGAAUAUGCUGUCAAUUAAAACUCCUUAAAGUUCUGAGGGAAGAUGGCAGAUUAGAAGUUUCCUUUGUGCGCUCCCUGAAUGAGAAGAGGCAGGGUAACAAAGCACAGACUGUAUUCCAAGGUGAGAAAGAGAAAGAGCAUCAGGAAUCAAGAAAGAGGUGAUUGGACAGCUAAAAAAGUGUGGAGACACCGAAAGGUGAUGCAGAGAACAGUAAGAAAAACAGUUUGCAAGUCCAAACUUGGCGCCCAGGGAGGAGGGGCAGCCAAGAAAAAUCUUCAACCAGAAGAUAAGUCAGGCAGCCCUGGUGACAGCAGACUGGCGGUCCUAGCCUCUGGAGAAAACCACAGUUCUCCCAAGCCUUCAAUCCUGAAGGAGAAGCUCAUUGCAUUGCUCACAUAGCUUAGAGUGCUACAGGUGUCUUCUUGAGAAAGUGUCUACCAUUUGAGCCUGAGCUACUCUGGGGACUAGAAAACAACAAACACAAAUCAGGGAGCCUUGGGAUACUCUGCCACAAUGCCUCACAUUUCAUGGAAGACGGUACAUAAGAGGCAGUUGUGAAGAUGGAGAAGGUCAGAUGCAGACCUACUAAGAUGUCUAAGCAACAGGAAGCUUGUACUAUGAAGGGCCUGACUGUUGGUGGUUGUACCCUCUGUGGUAAGAGACUAACUCCUUCACCUGCAGAUUACAGCAGAGGCUGAGAACUCUGAGCAUGUGGCCGGCAGAUUGCUUAGUCUCUGGAACUUCCUUCCUGUGGCUCACUCAUGAGUGACAGAGCUAUAGACUAGGUCUAGUGAAUUACUGUAUUUCCACAGUUUUCUCCCUCUCACAGAGUGGUUUCUGCUGGAUGGGAUCUGAACAUGUUGAGACAGCACACAAACUGCCUGGCUCCCUGGGGUCUCCCCCUGCGGUGCAGAAUUCAGUGCUACCUCCUUCCCUUAAGCUAUGGCACGUUAAGGGGACACCCAUCAGCUUGAAUGUUUGUCACCACUGGAUGCACAGACUGGGGGAAGGGGGAUUUCUGGAGGGAGUGGGAGCUCCCAACCCACAGACUACAAAGGUUCUUGAGGCCAGAAGUGGCUCCCGGUAAACAAAUGAGUGAACCUUCUAAAGCUUAUAUGCUGACAACAUAUGUUUGAGUGAUCCAGGCCUAGGUCUGAAUACAGUACCAACCACCUUAGGGCAGUUGCUUUUCUCCUCUUUGAAGUAGUACUGAGGAUUGAGCCUUUAAGAGAAGUCUGGUUACUAAGAAGCUCUGAAUCUGUGGUCAGCAUGUUGAUCACUUUCUGGAGCUGAUUCCAUGUUGUAUGUGCUUGACUGACAGGUGGAAUUGAGGGCUCUGAGCUCAAGGCAUAGAGAUAGAGAAUGGAAAGUCACCAGUAGACUAGAUGAGGUGGAAAAAUAUCAGCAAUCAAAGAUAAGGUUGAGGAAUUAUUACGCUCAGAUGGUGGUAAAGGAAAAAAAAAACAGUCAUGUCAACAACUUUCAAGACUUCUGGAACAUGACUAAGAUCAAACCUACAAAAUCUUGCUGAAGACGAGGAGCCAACAUACAGACUAACUGCAUAGAGAACCUGUUCACUGAAAUUAUACCAGAAAAUUUCCCGAAUCUAGGCAAAGACUUGGACAUCCAAGUACAGGAAGCAUUUAGAACCCCAAAUAGACAAGACCAAAAAAGAACAAUACACUCUUGAGCAGUCAGUGGGCCAUCGAAGAAAUGGGGGAGGGGGGAUGAUUUAAAAAAUUCUUAAUGAAUUUUUAAUUAAACUAAAAUACAACUUACUAGAACAUUUGGAAUAUGGGAAAGAUGCAAAUUUUCCUAAGAGGGAAGUGUAUAGCUGAGUGUCAACUUUUAAAAAAUCAGAGAAAUCUCAAGAAAAUCACCUAAUUAUGCACCUAAAACUCAGAAAAAGAAUAACAAGUCAAACCCAAAAUUAGUAGGAGGAAAUAAAUAAUAAAGAUCAGGGUGUAAAUUAAUGAAAUAGGGACAAAAAUUUUAAAGAAUCAAUGAAAAAAGUUGGUCACUUAAAAAGAUAAAGAGGAUUGACAAACCAAAUUCUUCUCUAGACACAUAUGCCCUGCCAAAAUAGAACCAAGAGGAUAUAAAAAACAUAAACAGAUCAAUAACAAGAAAUCUAAUUGAAGUAAUAAGACUCCCAAUGUUGAAAAGCUAAGGGCCAGAUUCACUGCUGAAUUGUACCAGACCUUUAAAGAACUAAUGCCAAUGCCCUGAAAAUUAUUCCAUAAAAUAGAAAGGGAAGGAAAGAUUCUGAACUACUUUUAUAAAGCCCAUAUCACUCUGAUGCAAAAACUGUACACACACAUGAAAGAAAACUAUAAACAAAUUUACUUAAUAAACAAGGAUGCAAAAAAUCUUAGUAAGUUACUUAUAAACCAAAUUCAACAACAUAUUCAAAAGACCAUUCCAGGGAUGCAAUAAUGCUUUAACAUGUGAAAAGCAGUAAUGUAACACAGCACACAAAUUUAAUUGAGGACAGUAAUAACAUGAUCAUUUCAACAGAUGCAGAAAACGCCUUUGAUAAGUUCAACAUCCCUUCAUGAUGAAAACUCUUCAGAAGGAUGGUCAUACCUUAACAUAAAGGUAUAUAUGACGAACCCAAAGCCAAUAUCAUACUGAAUGGGGAAAAACUGAAACCAUUUCCUCUAAAAUGAGGAGUGAGACAAGGGUGUCCACUCUCCCCACCCUUAUUCAGUAUAGUGCUUGAAUUCUUAGAGCAUUAAGGCAAGAGAAAGAAAUAAAAGGGAUACAAAUAAGAAAGGAAGAAGUCAAAUUGCCCCUGUUUGUAGAUAUGAUCUUAUACAAGACCUUACCGUCUCAACUAGAUAACUGUUAAACCUGAUAAAUACUUUGAGCAAACUAUCAGGGUAAAAAAUCAAUAUACAAAAAUAAAUACAUUUUCUAUACAUCAAUAAUAAACUUGCUGAGGAAGAAAUCAAGAAAAAACUCCCAUUCAUAAUAGUCUAAAAUAUUUAGGAAUAAAACUAGCUAAAGAGGUAAAAGAGCACUAUAAUGAAAAUUGUAACACACUGAAAAGAGUUAUUGAAGAAGACUCUAGAAUAUGGAAAGAUAUCUCAUGCUCAAAGAUACACAAAAUUAUCAUUGUUAAAAUGCCUAUAUAACCAAAAGUGAGCUACAGAUUGAAUGCACUCCCUAUCAAAAUUCUAAUGAUAUUCUUCACAGAACUAUAAAAAAAAUCCUAAUAUUCAUAUGGGAGCAGAUAGUCAAAGCAAUAUUAAGGGGAAAAAAAGAACAACACUGGAGGUAUCACAACAACCAACCUCAAACUAUACUACAGAACCACAGAAACAAUAGCAGCAUGGACUGGCAGAAAAACUGAUUUGUUGACCAAUGGAAUAGAAUGGAGGACCCAUAAAUAAGACUACAGCCAGCUGAUUCUUGAAAAAGGUGCCAAAAACAUAUGGUAAAUAAAAGACAACUUCUUUUAUGAAUGGUGCUAAGUUCUAAUCAGUUUAGAUUCCAGAGCCAGUAAAUGUAUUUUUAGUCUUCAUUGUUGUGUUUCUGUUGAUCUUCUGGCCUACACAAAAGCUAAUUUUGUUUUCUUUUAUUAUGGUUAUAAUUAUGUAAAAAACCUUUGAUAAGUCAGAGUUGAGAAAGUUGAAGUAUAAAUUAAAAAAUAAACUAAAUGGAAAAAAACCUACAAAUGGUGCCAAGAAAAUCAGAUAUUCACAUGUAGGAAACUGAAACUAGAUCCCUACCUCUUACUCUGUAUAAAAAUUGACUCAAAAUGGAUCAAAAGACCUUAAUGUAAAACCUGAAAUGUUGAAAACAUGGGGGAGACACUUCAAGAUACAGACUUUCUAAACAAGAUUCUAAUAACUCAGAAAACAAUAGUAAGAAGUGACAGGGGGAAGUCAUCAAAUUAAAAAGCUUUUGUAUAGCCAAAGAAGCAACUACCAGAAGGAAGAGACAACCUAGUGAAUAGUUUUUAAAAAACCUGUGUCAGCUAUUUAUCUUUCAGGGGAUUAAUGCCUAGAAUAUAUGAAGAACUCAAAAACUAAACACAAAAAGAACAAAUAAUCCAAGCAAUAAAUGGGCAAAUGAACACAUAGUUUUCAAAAGAGAUGUACAAAUGACCAAUUAAUAAAUGGAAAAAUGUUUAUUUUUAGCUAUCAGGAAAAUGCAAAUCAAAAUUACAUUGAGAUUCUAUCUCACUACAGUCAAUAUGGCUAUCCUCAAGGGGAAAAAAAUACUGUCAAGGGUGUCAAAAUAGGAAUCCUUAUGCACUGCUGGCAGGAAUGUAAAUUAGUCCAGCCACUAUAGUAAUCACUAUGGAGUUCCCUCAAAAAACCCAUAAAUGUGAACUAUCAUAUGAUCCAGCUGUACCACGCCUGGCUAUUCACCUGAGGGAGUUGAAGCCAGUAUACAAUAGAGAUACCUGCACACCCAUGUUUAUGGUGGUGCUGUUCAGAA